AUGGGCUUGUUACUCGAUUCGCUGAAGAUAUCCCAGGGGUCCAUUUCAUCAACUUCACUUCUUAGUGGAUUAGAACAAGUUACGACUACCAUGAAACUUGAUAAGGCUAAGUCUGCUAUCUAUAAUACUAAUGCGUCUUUUUCAUUAUCGGACUCCAUUCUUUCUGAUGUUCCGUCAGAGACUACUGCAGAUGCUGAAUCAACAUCCUCUGCUCCAGAGGAAUCAUCUGCAGUAAGCUCUUCUCUGGGUGGUGCUACUCACCAAAAUAAUGGGAAAUUGAUAUGGGCCAUGAGCAUGUUUAUGGUAUUAUCAAGCCUUCUCGGCGUGCUCUAG